AUGCAAUCCCCACCAACUAAAGGCAGCGUCUAUCCUGAGCAGGAGACUAGAGUGAUUAUACCUGCAAAAGUAUCUGCAAUAAAGACUCAGCGCCUCUAUCUAAGACCGAUUGAGCGAUCCGAUGCGGCUGAUAUCUUCGAAUACCGGCGUCGACAAGACGUCGCCGACUUCCUCUGGCCAAAAAUUCCCCAUAGAGAAAUCCAAGACACAGAGGCCAUGAUCAUCGGUAAAACCUUCAAAACGCCAGAUGCAUCGGGUGCUCUGGGACGACAUUUUAGUUUUGCGGUGAUGCAGCUUGAUGAUCCCACAGAAAAAAUCAUCGGUAUGGUGGGAAUAAAUGCCCUUGUGCCAGCGCCAUCCAUUGGAUAUGGUAUUCAUCCCGAUUUCUGGGGAAAGGGGUUCGUGAGUGAAGCAGUGGCGGGUGUCGUGGAUGCAUGGUGGAAGCUCGAACGAAAAAGUUUGAAGCUACGGUCUGCUAAGGCUGCAUUGGAGUCGGAGAAAUUGUAUGCGGCGUGUAAUAAAGCGAAUGUGGGGAGUGUGAAGGUUUUGUUAAGGAAUGGGUUUGAGAUUUAUGAGGAAAUGCCGCUGAUGGGAGAUACGGUUACGUUGUUUUCGUUGCAGAGACCAGGAGGUCUUGAGACGGCCUUGGACCUUUAG